CCGGCACCGAGAAUUGGCAGAGAGCGAGAGAAAGAGGGAAAGCUUUCAAAGCCGCGAGCCGAAACCUCCAUCGAAAGAUUGAAAGAUUUCGUCAACCCAACUCACCAUUCGCCUUCCGCUCCGCUCCCGCUCCCGCUUCCUCCCACCAUCUACCCACCCCCCAUGGCGUCCCGGAGACUUGCUUUGAACCUCUCGCAGGGGCUGCGAAAGGGCGCCUCGUUCGCCAGGACUUCUCGUCUGACCCGAGGCCUCGCUACGCCCGCCAGCCCCGUCGGCAAAGUCGAGACCACCACCCUCAAGAAUGGACUGACUGUUGCCACCAACUACUCGCCAUGGUCCCAGACUUCCACCGUCGGCAUGUGGAUUGAUGCCGGCUCGAGGGCAGAGACCGACGAGACCAAUGGCACUGCUCAUUUCCUUGAGCAUCUCGCUUUCAAGGGCACCUCGAACCGGACGCAGCAGCAACUCGAGCUCGAGAUUGAGAACAUGGGUGGUCACCUGAACGCCUACACUUCGCGCGAGAACACCGUCUACUUCGCCAAGGCCUUCAACUCGGACGUACCGCAGUGCGUCGACAUCCUCGCCGACAUCCUCCAAAACUCCAAGCUCGAGGAGGCCGCCAUCGAGCGCGAGCGCGACGUCAUCCUGCGCGAGUCCGAGGAGGUCGAGAAGCAGAUGGAGGAGGUCGUCUUCGACCACCUCCACGCCACCGCCUUCCAGCACCAGCCCCUCGGCCGCACCAUCCUCGGCCCGCGCCAGAACAUCCGCGACAUCACCCGCACCGAGCUCGUCAACUACAUCAAGACCAACUACACCGCCGACCGCAUGGUCCUCGUCGGCGCCGGCGGCGUGCCCCACGACAAGCUCGUCGAGCUGGCCGAGAAGUACUUCGCCGGCCUCCCCAGCCACGGGCCCCAGAACCAGGCCUACCUCCUCUCCAAGCAAAAGGCCGACUUCAUCGGCUCCGACGUCCGCGUCCGCGACGACCAGAUCCCCACCGCCAACAUCGCCAUCGCCGUCGAGGGCGUCAGCUGGAACGACGACGACUACUACACCGCCCUCGUCACCCAGGCCAUCGUCGGCAACUACGACAAGGCUUUGGGUAAUGCCCCGCACCAGGGCAGCAAGCUCAGCGGCUUUGUGCACAAGCACGACCUGGCCAACAGCUUCAUGAGCUUCUCCACCAGCUACAGCGAUACUGGCCUCUGGGGCAUCUACCUCGUCACCGACAAGCUCACCCGCGUCGACGACCUCGUCCACUUCGCCCUCCGCGAAUGGAUGCGCCUCUCCUCCAACGUCAGCGACUCCGAGGUCGAGCGCGCCAAGGCCCAGCUCAAGGCCUCCAUCCUGCUCUCCCUCGACGGCACCACCGCCGUCGCCGAGGACAUCGGCCGCCAGCUCAUCACCACCGGCCGCCACGCCAGCCCCGCCGAGAUCGAGCGCCUCAUCGACCACAUCUCCGCCAAGGACGUCAUGGAGUUCGCCAGCCGGAAGCUCUGGGACCAGGACGUCGCCGUCAGCGCCGUGGGGAGCAUCGAUGCCCUGUUUGACUACCAACGGCUGAGGAACACCAUGAAGCCCAAGUUCUAAGAAUCCCUUGCAGAAAGGGAAAAAAGGGGGGGGAAUGUGUUUGGAGAGGGUUGGUGAAGGGACAGACGGGGUGAUGUAAAGCGUGUAGGGGCUUUGCGAAAGGUGGUGGUUUUUGGCUGGUUCUACGGGAUAGAGUGUAUGAGAUACCGUUUUUUACAGGCCUACUGUAAUAUAAAAAGAGUCCCUUUUGUUCACAGUCGCUGUCUGCAACGCGUGUUGAUGUGGCAAGCAAUGCAGUAGUAGUCUUGGUGUUGUUGGGUUGGGCGGUUAUACGUGAGGGCAGGUAUUCUGGAGGCUGGGGACGGUACACGGGUGUUGAACCAUAGUCCUUGAAUCGAGA